UCAUAGAAAAUAAUGACAAGUUGGUUAUAAACCGAAGCCGUGUGAAGUUGUGUUGUGUUUUUCUUUUAAAAACUUUGAUAUUUAUCCAAUUUCAUUUUAAGAAGUUUUUAGUGGUCGUGCGUUUUUCUCUUGACGUUUCGGUCCCUCCCACGCGGUGCUGUUUUUGACAGUCGGUAGUCGCGGUCGAGUAACAAGACUCAGGCACGUUAACUAGCCAUUUAACUGCAUUAGCUAGCUAGCUUGUCAGUGACAGGGUGCUAAAGAUACAAUUCGUUAUUUAUGCAAACGGUUGUGUGACAGGGAUUACAUUGCUGGAGGGAUUAAAUGAUAAACCUGAGCAUUUUGUUUACAGACUAUGAACCGACGUUACACUACAUAACGUUCAAAAGCUGCUCCGUGUCUUCUCUGUGGCUUCGUUGUAUAGAGCUACAAUAGGCUAGCUAAUUAGCCUGCCAAGAGGCUGCAGUAGCUCUGAAGCUAUCUGGCUAGGUAGUAACGUUAUUGUUUUAUGGUGCGCGGCAGACCACAGCAGCUCUGCUCUAUGUGUGAAGCAGUCGACCACCAGCGACCUUUGGGAAGUGGAAAUUGUCUUUUUGUCUUAAUUGCAUGAGCGCGCACUGAAAAGACGGAGAGCCCUGCACCUAAUUACCGUUCCCACCACCCACCGGGGCUGUGACUCGACCCGGGAACACUCCGCCGGUCUGUGAGUGUGUGUGUGUGUGUGUGAGAGCAAGAGAGCAAGUGCGUGCAUGAGUGUGUGCGGCGGUCCCAGGAUGCCACAGCAGUAGCAGUGGAAGGGCAGGUCCAGUGAGCUGCGGAUUCACCUUGGUGUUUUCUCUUGUUAUGGAAUGCCUGUGCCCUGCCCCCUGCCCCCCCUGCCCUCUAUAGGAUCCUCCCUCUGUCACCCCCUGGCACCAGACACUGGCAUUGCAGCCUACCUCUGCUCGCUUCUCAACGACCCCCGGCUCCUGUGGGUUUUUGGUGCCCGCUGCGUUUCCGCCGCCUCCUCUCCCCGGGGAAGAUGUCUCUGAGCUUGGAGACGGACAUCCAGAAGGAGGGGGAGAGCGGCCAGCUUGCUGACACGGGGGCAAGCAGCACAUGCAUAGCCAGCGCCCAGCUGCCCCAGCAGGGCAAGGAGGGCGGAGGAGAUGCCCCUGAGCUUGAAGAGAAUCUCCAGCAGGACUCCCAGAGGCGAUCACAGAACCAUGGCCAUGGGAGGAAGAGAGCGAAGUCCAAUUCUAAGCUGAAGCUGGUGCGGAGUCUGGCGGUGUGUGAGGAAUCCUCAGGCCCAUAUUCAGCAGAUGGACUCCCAGAGACUCAGGAUAUCAUUCAGCUGCAUAUCAGCUGCCCUUCAGACAAAGAGGAGGAGAAGUCCUCCAAAGAUGAGUACGAGAAUGAGGAAAAGGACAAGAAGGACAAGAGUAUGCGGAAGAUCCUCUCCCGCGACUCCAGCCAAGAGUACACUGACUCCACCGGUAUCGAUGUGCACGAGUUCUUGGUCAACACACUGAAAAACAACCCCAGGGAUCGGAUGAUGCUGCUCAAACUGGAACAAGAUAUCCUGGAGUUCAUUAAUGACGACAAUAACCAGUACAAGAAGUUUCCUCAGAUGACCUCCUACCAUCGAAUGCUGCUGCACAGGGUGGCAGCCUACUUCGGCAUGGACCACAACGUGGACCAGACCGGCAAGGCCGUCAUCAUCAACAAGACGGGCAACACGCGCAUCCCUGAGCAAAGGUUCUCUGAGCACAUAAAGGAUGAGAGAAACAUGGACUUCCAGAAGAGGUUCAUCCUGAAAAGGGAUGAUGCCAGCAUGGACAAGGACGAUAAUCAGAUCCGUGUGCCAUUGCAGGAUGGGCGGCGCAGCAAGUCCAUCGAGGAGCGCGAAGAGGAGUACCAACGGGUACGAGACCGGAUCUUUGCCCGUGAGGUGUUCUUUUCUUUUCAGUCCUCUCAAAACGGAUACAUCAACGACAACAGACUUUCCACUGAAGGCUAUUCCUCUAGUUCUCAAAAGAGGAGGCAGAUCUUUAGGGGGAACCGCGAGAGCUCCAGCCGGGCUUCGAGCAGCAGGCAGAGCAGCACGGACAGUGACAUGAAGUGUCUGGAGCCUCGGCCGUGGAGCAGCACCGACUCGGACAGCUCCAACCGCACGCUGCGCCCGCCCGUCACCAAGGCCAGCAGCUUCUCGGGCAUCUCCAUCCUGACGCGCGGAGACAGCCUCGGCAGCAAGGGCUCGCAGGGCAGUGCCAGAGGCUCCCGCAACGCUCUUCCCCUGGCCACCCUGGACGUGUGCCCCCAGGCGCCCGCCCCCCAGGGAGGCCGCAGUCUGCUGCCAUGCCCAUCCAACCCGCCCCAGCAGCAGAGCCAGCAGCCCCCUCCCCCACCACAGCAGGCCCUGCUGCCCACGCCCACCCAGCACCCCAUGGGCAACCACAUGAUGGGCCAGCCGGUGGGUUCUCUGCAGCCCUCUCCACAGUCUGUCUCCUACUCCAGCCCCUCCUGUCCCCAGGUCCUCCUGCCCGUCUCUCCUCCCCAGCAGUACAACAUGGGUGAUGAGCUGACCCCUCAGUUUGGCCAGAUGACCCUGAGCCGCCAGGGGUCCAGCGAGAACCCCGAUGCCCAGCCCAUGUACCAGACUGCGCCCGCCGUCCUCUCCCAGCACCCCCAGCCCCAGACCGGCUACAUCAUGGCCGCCCCCGGGGGCCAGCCCAUGCCCCCUCCUUCCGGCUACCAGCCCAGCGGCGGGCACACCCACCCGCCGCCGCCCCCACCGCCUCCAGCCCAGCCUGUUAUGCAGCCCCAGCCGCCUCCACAGGGCUACAUGCAGCAACCUCCCCCCCAGCAGAUCCAGGUGUCGUACUACCCUGCAGGCCAGUACCCCAGCUCAGGGCAGCAGUACAGGCCCAUGACUCACCAGGUGUCUUACCCCCAGCAGCGCGCUCAGCCCAUGCCCCAACCUGCACAGCAGUCUGCCGGUAUCCAGACUAUGAUGCCCAGUCAACAGCCAGCGUACCAGAGCAUGAUGGGAGUGCAGCAGCAGCCCCAGAACCCAGGCAUGAUGAACCCCCAGAGGCCUAACAUGGGAGGCCAGCUGCAAGGCCAGCUGCAAGGCCAGCUGCAAGGCCAGAUGCAAGGCCAGCUGCAAGGCCAGAUGCAAGGCCAGAUGCAAGGCCAGAUGCAAGGCCAGAUGCAAGGCAUGAUGGUCCAGUAUCCUCCAAUGCCCUCCUAUCAGGUGCCAGUGGCCAAUGAGAGCCAGCCGGUGGUGCAGCAGCAGUACCAGCAGCCAGUGAUGGUUCCUGCCACCCAGUCGGUCCAGGGGCCCAUGCCAGGCACGGCCAUGCCAGUCUACUACAGUGUCCUAACGCCCACUCAGCAAAACAACACAAGUCAGUCAGUGGGCUAUUUGCAGCCGGCCAGCUCUGAGCAGUAUCAAAUCACCCAGUCCCCCUCACCAUGCAACCCCCAGCAAAUGCAGCAGCAAUAUUCAGGUGUGCCACCUCCUGGCCCUGGGGUCAUGGUGAUGCAACUGAGUGUUCCAAACGGACCCCAGCCCACCCAGAAUCCCCCCAUGGUCCAGUGGAACCCCUGCAAGUACUACAGCCUGGAGCAGAGGCCUAGCAAGCCUGGGGAGCUUUACAAGCCUGACUCCAAUCCACAGGCCAGUAAUCAGAUGAGCAGUCCUCUGGCCUCCCCCACCCAGUCCCCCGCCCCAUCCCCGUCAGGCAGUGUCAACAGCGUGUGCCCUGGCCUUGGCCCGCUGCCCCUCAUCUCUCAGUUCCCUCGGCCUGGAGGACCCGCACAAGGCGAUGGGCGCUACUCUCUGCUGGGGCAGCCACUGCAGUACAGCUUGUGCCCCCCGCCCCUCAUGCACAACCAGUCCUCCUACAGCUCCCAUCAGGGCCAAGGAGUCAUGAAGCACGGAGCACGAGGCAAAAGACAGACCCUCAAGUCUGCUUCCACAGACCUGGGUACCACUGAUGUGGUGGUCAGCCGGGUGCUGGAGGUGACUGACCUUCCGGAAGGUAUUACCCGCCCGGAGGCCGAGAAGCUAUUCAACCAGCUCUCCCUGUGUGGUGCCAGGAUCCAGUGGCUCAAGGAGCCGCACGGGGGCCAGCAGCAGCAGCAGCAGCAGCAGCAGCAGCAGCAUCAGCAGCAUCAGCAGCAUCAUCAGCGGGGAGGUCCAUCCGGCCCAGGCCCAGGCCCCGUGUGCUCCUCGGGGUCCAGGCUUAGCGCCGGAGGCAUGGGGGACGGCAACGACCCGGCACACCUGUACACGGUGGUGGCCGUGUUCCCCAACACCAUGGCCGCCCAGAGCGCUUCCUUCAAACUCAACAACAGCGGAGGCAGCCUGUUUAAGCUGCGCGCCGCCAAAAAGAACUAUGACCUGCGCGUGCUGGAGCGAGCCAGCUCCCAGUGAAGACAGAGAUAGAGAGAGAGAGAGAGCAAGAGAGAGAGAGAGAGAGAGAGAGAGAAAAAGAGAAAGAGACUUAGAAAGGGGUGGAGAGGAGGACAGAGGGAACUGCUGGGUAUAUUUUGGGAGGGAAAAGGAAACGGAGAAGAGGAGCCCAAAGGGAAACAAAAAAGAUAAUUUCUUAUGUUUGGGUUUUCCAUUCCUUCAUUUUUUUAUUUUUUUUUAAAUCGUUACCUGAAGAGCACACAAGACACGUGAGCAUGUGUAUCUCUGUUGCCAUGUAAAUUAUAUAUGUACAAUAGCGUACACAGACCUAUACACACAAACACACACACACACACACACACACACACAUUCAAAGUCAGGCAGCAGGGUCCCGUAGCACAUAUGGACACACUGGACAACAGAACCUCAGCUAAUCCUCUGCCUCACUGCUCCGCUCCGCUCCUCUCCUCUCUUUCUGUCUCCGGGCCAAGUUCUCCUUUUGUCCCCCUGGUCCCUGGCUGCUCUCCCCGUCCCCUUCUCAGUCGCUCUCUACACCUCUCAAGACCUACUCUGUUGUUUAUUACUGUCGGUAUCCUCAUUAUGUUCUUUUCUCCCUUUCCUCCCUUCUCCCUUUCCUCCCUUCUUUACACACCCCUCUGCUGCUCUCUCUCUCUCUUGUUCAUGCUUUCUCUUCCUCCCUCUCUCUCAUGCACUCUCUCUCUCUCUCUCUCUUGUGCUUUCAUAGUCUCAGAUCUCUCGCUUUCUGUUUGCCUUACUGCUGUUGUGGGUUUCUGUAUUGCGCUGUUUUGGUUGUUUUUUUUUCUCAGAAAAAUAUUGUUUUUUUUUUUUUUGGUUCGAUAUUUAUAUAAGUGAUGUAUGGAUUAUAAAAUUCUAUAUAUAUAAAUAUAUAUAUAUACAGUGAUUUCUUUUUUUCAGUGGAUAAGUUAAAAGAACUCCUUUAUAUCCGACCUCUCCUCCCUCUCCCUCUCCCUCUCCCCCUCCUCCUCCCCUUCUCCCUCUCUCCCCCUCCUCCACCUGUCCUCUCUGCAUUGUGUUUGCAUUUUUUGUUGACCGCCGUGCAGAACGUAUCAGAAGAAGUAUUAAAAAAGUGCACAAUGAUUGCAAAUGUCUACUGUAAAUUCCAUUUAAUCUGUUAUUUUUUGUUUGUUUUUAAAAAUAUAAAAGACAAGAAAA